CUCGGAGAUCCGUUCACUUGUGUCUGAGCCGGAGCUUCCCUGAGCAGACCCAGACCGGAGCCGCCGCUCCGCCGCCGCCAGCGUCCAUGCCCAGAUACCAGAUGGCUCUGAUCCUGAAGGCCAUGCAGAGGGGUUCAUUGCUAUAAGUCCUCCUUCCAUGGUUAUGUAGCCGAUGGCUUUGGAAAUUGACGAUUUAAAAAAGUGCAUGCUAAGCAUCGGAUAUUGCCGAAACUGGCAUCAGGAAAGCAAACCAAAGGACAAAGACUUGUAUAUUUUUUUGCUCUAUUUUGACCUAAGGCACCUGUGUGGUUUUUAAAGGACUCCACUCCAAUCUUCUAAUCAUGAGGGCUUCACUGGAAGCAGCUGAUAUCGCCAUAGUGGCGUUGUAUUUUGUAUUGGUGUUAUGUUUUGGAUUUUUUGCCAUGUGGAAAUCGAACAGGAGUACAGUAAGAGGAUACUUCUUGGCUGGACGUUCUAUGACUUGGGCAGCUGUUGGGGCCUCCCUGUUUGUAAGCAAUAUCGGUAGUGAACAUUUCAUCGGACUAUCGGGAUCUGGAGCAGCGAGUGGAUUUGCAGUAGGUGCUUGGGAACUGAACGCCUUGUUACUAUUGCAGCUCCUCGGAUGGGUCUUUAUUCCAGUCUACAUACGUUCUGGAGUGUAUACUAUGCCUGAAUAUUUGUCUAAACGUUUUGGAGGACAUAGAAUCCAAGUGUAUUUUGCUAUUCUUUCCCUGAUUUUGUACAUCUUCACCAAACUGUCAGUAGACUUGUAUUCAGGGGCAUUAUUCAUCCAAGAAUCUCUCGGAUGGAACUUAUAUUUGUCGAUUAUUUUACUCAUUGGAAUAACUGCAAUCCUCACGGUCACUGGGGGUCUGGUAGCUGUAAUUUAUACAGAUACACUCCAGGCCUUUCUCAUGAUCAUUGGGGCACUAACUUUGACCAUUAUAAGCUUUAUGGAAAUCGGUGGCUUUCAAGAAGUUAAAAGGAGGUAUAUGUUGGCGACACCCAAUAUCACCUCUAUAUUGCUGACCCAUAACUUUACCAAUACUAACUCAUGUCAUGUCUCGCCAAAACCUGAUGCUCUUAGAAUGCUCCGAGAACCCACUGAUGAAGAUAUUCCUUGGCCUGGAUUUCUCCUGGGUCAGACUCCAGCUUCUGUAUGGUAUUGGUGUGCAGACCAAGUCAUUGUCCAGAGAGUUUUGGCAGCCAAAAAUAUUUCUCAUGCCAAAGGGGCAACUCUUAUGGCCGGCUUUUUAAAAAUUUUACCCAUGUUCUUAAUAGUUAUUCCAGGGAUGAUAUCCAGAAUAAUGUUCGCGGAGGAUAUUGCCUGCAUUAAUCCCGAGCACUGCAUGGAAGUCUGUGGCAGCAGGGCUGGGUGCUCAAAUAUUGCCUAUCCACGAUUGGUCAUGAAAGUUCUCCCAGUGGGUUUACGUGGUCUCAUGAUGGCUGUUAUGAUCGCAGCCCUUAUGAGCGACCUAGACUCCAUAUUUAACAGCGCAAGUACCAUCUUUACCCUUGACAUAUACAAAUUUAUCCGGAAAAGUGCAACAUCUCGAGAGCUUAUGCUAGUAGGAAGAGUGUUUGUAGCUUUCAUGGUGGUCAUCAGUAUUGCUUGGGUCCCAAUCAUUGUGGAGAUGCAAGGAGGCCAAAUGUACCUUUACAUUCAAGAGGUGGCAGACUACUUGACUCCUCCAGUAGCCGCUUUGUUUCUGCUGGGUGUAUUCUGGAAGCGCUGCAAUGAACAAGGGGCAUUUUAUGGUGGCAUAGUAGGAUUUGUGCUUGGAGCCACCCGUCUUGUAUUGGCGUUUGUUUAUCGUGUCCCAGAGUGCAACCUACCAGACAGUCGUCCUGCUUUCAUCAAAAAUAUCCACUAUAUGUAUAUCGCAACUGCUCUGUUUUGGAUUACUGGGACUAUUGCUGUCAUAGUCAGCCUUUUGACGCCUCCUCCAAGUAAAGAACAAAUCAGAACCACUACUUUUUGGGCACUAAAAAACAAGUCCAUCAAAGAAGAACCACAUGAUGAGAAUUCCUACAAGGAACAUGAUAAAAAUACCACCCCUUCUACCGAUGCCAAAAAAGUGCUUCCGAAUGGCAAGUCUGAGGACUAUGUUAAGAAUAUCCAAACAGAGGACGUAAACCUUCUGAUGACCUACAAAGAUGACUCAAACCCUCUAGGUUCCUUAAGUGUCUCGGAAGCCGAGACUCCCGUGGAUUGCUACUCUAACGGCCAAGCAUCUCUUAUGGGACAGUUGUCCCCGGAGCUGAAUAAUGAGGGCAAAAUAAGAUGUUCAAAGUUUCUUGACUGGUUUUGUGGGUAUAAAAGCACCAAUGUCAAUAAAAAAGCCAUAAAAGAGGAGGUGGACGAUGAGGCUGUUUGCUUAAAAAUGUUGGAAGAGAACCCGAUUGUCAAGCGAGUUCUCAACACUGGACUGGUUUGUGUUUGCUCUGUAGGGGUGUUUAUGUUCAUUUACUUCUCAUUGUAAGGCCUCUUGCACACGACCGUAUGUAUUUUGCGGUCCGCAGAAAACGGAUCCACAAAAAUACGGAUCACAUCCGUGGCAUUUCGCAUUUUACAGAACAGC